AUGGGACCCCAAGUGGAGCCCGAAUGGGAGCCAAUGCCGGGUAAAUCAAGAGCCCUCUUCCAAUUUGUGGCUGGCGGAUCGGCGGGUCUCCUGGAGCUAUUGCUUUUGCAUCCAUUGGAUGUCGUCAAGACACGGUUGCAGCUGCAGGGCGUGCAAGCAGCCGCCGGAGAGCUCCGUUACACGGGUGUCUUUGACUGCAUUUCGAAGAUCUACAGUCACGAGGGUGUUGCUGCCUUUUGGAAGGGCAUUGUGCCCCCCAUAUGCUCGGAGACCCCGAAGCGAGCCGCCAAGUUUGUGGUUUACGAGCAGGCCAAGCCGCUUUUCCUAUUUGGAGCACUCCAACCGACGGCCCUAACGCAUGCCAUGGCUGGGGCAUUGGCGGGUACCCUGGAGUGCUUUUUCCUGAAUCCGUUUGAGGUGGUUAAGAUCACACAGCAGGCGGAUCGCAGUGAUGCCCUCAACACGCUGACGGUGGCCAGGAGAAUCGUUCAGAGCGAUGGAUAUGGCAUCAAAGGACUCUACCGAGGAAUCACAGCCCUCAUGAUCCGCAAUGCCAUCUUUCAUUUCGCAUAUUUUGGUAUCUAUCAAGGACUUAAAGAUGAAAUUCCCGCCUAUCAGCAUGACCUCGCGGAGUUCUUUCGCAGGGGGGCCAUUGGGUUCUUUUCGAGCAGCAUUAGCUGUUUGUUCAGUACCACUUUCGAUGUGGCCAAAUCCCGAAUACAGGGUCCACAGCCUACCAAGGGAUCCAUCAAAUAUAAAUGGACUGUGCCCACGAUCAAGACGAUAUACGAAGAGGAGGGCUUUCGAGCGUUGUACAAAGGCUUGAGUGUCAAGAUAAUGCGUGCGGGACCAGGAGGUGCUAUUCUAAUGCUGGCCUACGAGUAUGGCUAUGAGUAUUUGACGUAUAAAUAUGGUUGAAAUA